CGGAGGCGGUGCCGCCAUGGCGGCGGGAGGGGGGCUGCUGAGAGCCGGGCGGCGGCUGCUGGGGGAGCGGCGGGCACCGGUAUCAAAUUGCUUGAUCAGAAGAACAUUUUUUGGAUAUACUCUAACUAAAGCGGGUUCUGGUCGGAUUCGGCAAACUAAAGAUGUUUGCUUGAGGUUCACCAGGCCUCGUAGUUCUACAACAGCUGCUGAUGCAUCUGGAGAGGACAUCAUACUCAAAUGGGGCCUUUUCCUUGUGCCUCUGACUACAUUCUGUCUUGGCACGUGGCAGGUUCAGCGGCGAAAAUGGAAAUUAGAUUUGAUUGCACAGCUGGCAUCAAGAAUUUCAUCAGAGCCCAUCCCUCUGACAUUAGACCCUAUGGAGUUGAAGGAAUUAGAGUACAGGCCUGUAAAGGUCCGAGGGCAUUUUGACCACUCCAAGGAGCUCUAUAUUUUGCCACGAUCACUUGUGGACCCUGAGCGAGAAGCCAGAGAAGCCAGGCAGCUGACAUCCCACCCAGAAAAUGGAGCAAAUGUCAUUACUCCUUUCUACUGCACAGAACUAGGGGUCACAAUUUUAGUCAACCGAGGAUUCGUGCCCAAAAAGAAGUUGAAGCCAGAGACCAGGCUGAAGGGACAGAUUGAAGAUGAAAUUGAUCUCACUGGGGUAGUGAGGUUAUCAGAAACCCGGAAACCUUUUGUGCCUGAAAAUAACAUUGAGAAGAACCGCUGGCAUUAUCGUGACCUGGAGGCUAUGGCAAAAGUGACUGGCGCUGAGCCCAUCUUUAUUGAUGCAGAUUUCAAAAGCACAGUCCCAGGGGGACCCAUUGGAGGCCAGACAAGAGUGAGCCUAAGAAACGAGCACAUGCAGUACAUCGUUACUUGGUAUGGCUUAUGCGCUGCAACUUCAUUCUUGUGGUACAGAAAAUUUAUACAAAAAAUAGCUCUCUGAGGGGAAGGGCUAACUGCUACUCCUCUACCACAGUCAAAACCAGACUUUUACAAAAGACUGCAGCCUGAUCAGUCCUGAAGAAGCCAGUCUCAGGACACCGUGUUCAGUAAGUUUGUGCAGUUAUUGAGCUGCAAAGAGCCUUUAAGCAGCUGAUGCAAAUUCUGUGCUCCUACCAGCUUGAUCCUGGCUGCAGUUCAGAAGCAUUGAACUUCAGACUUGGAAGUGGCUGUUGAGUCUCCUGCUUGAAUCUGUGUUCUAGAAAUCUCAAGGAUUUAUUUUUCUAUGGGGGUCUGGCAGUGGUUGGUCACAAGCUACUAAACUUUCUUCUCCACUGCCAUAUUUGCCACAUUCCGUGCAAACAAAUGAUGGCCAGGGAUUUUAUAAUUUGUUUGUAACUUAUGCUUUCUUUGCAUUGAGUAGUCAUGGGUGAAGUCAGGACUGAUGCACUGCAGCUGCAUCAGUAUAAAUAAAAGGGCCUACAGGUGUUUCUCUUUUGACGUG